AUGUCCUCAACACACAACACUACAUUGCGGAAGACAACGCACUCUUUCUGCCGCGCGUUGAUCUCGCCGCCUCCUCCCUCAGAGCUCCUAUCGCAGUACUUUGGCAACGCGCCCAAGAUCACGGAGCACGGCCCUGAGUGGUCACGCUCGCGGCUACCAUUCUUAGCCAAGACCUUUUUUGGCAAAGACGAGUGCGAGGGGUAUUUCAAGGUGAUGACUGAUAUACUGGAAAUGUCUUUGCCCGAUGAUGCAUUCCCGGGAAAGGAGGGGUUCAUUGUGGAUGCAGAGGCUGGAAUGGUAAGUGUGGUUGGUAAGGGACGAUUUACAAGUAAGAAGACAGGCAAGGGAUGGGACGAACAGUUCAUAUAUAGAUUUAGUGGGUUUGAUGAGCAGGGCAAGAUAGGGCAUUGGGAGAUUUGGGCGGAUCCGUUGAGUGCUUGGGAGGCUGUCGGAGAGUAG